AUGGUAGCAUAUGAAGGUAAGAGAAAUAAUAAUAAUUGGAUUCAUUUUUUAUUUGCAGAGUUUCUCACGUUGACUGAUGGUUCGUGUGAAGAUUACUUAGCGUUGAGACGUAAUGAAAAGGAAAAUGGAGAAACGGCUGAGCCAAAAGAGACGACUGAGCUAAAAGAGAUGACAGAGCCAGAAGAAACGACUGAGCCAAAAGAGACUACUGAGCGAGAAGAUACGACUGAGCCAGAAGAUACGCCUAAGUCAGAAGAAACGACUGAGCCAGAUGAAACGACUCAGCCAGAAGAAAAGACUGAGCCAGAUGAAACGACUCAGCCAGAAGAAAAGAAUGAGCCAGAAGAAGACAAAGAUCACGUCGAUAGUGAAAAUAAUAGUACCGAAACAACUACUGAUACCGAUAACACAAUCCUUCAUAACCAAGUUGCAACAGUAACGCCUGAACCAGCAGUAAAAAACGAAAACGUCGAUUAUGAAAAUAAUAAUACUGAAAAAACGACUAGUACCGAGUUCACGCAGCCACCAGGCGAAGAGUACGCAGAAGAUCCUGGAGCUUAUGUUUUGUCUUCACCGCUGGAUUGGUCUUUCUGUGGAGCGUAUAAGUACCUCCAAUUUGCCCGAUUCGCAGAAUCUGCAUCAUCUAUGGCUCACUAUGGCUGGUUGCGCGGAAAUGAUAGAUAUUCUCAUAUAAUAAAUAAAUAA